AUGGACCUCGAAGCCCAUGUCAACGGCAAUGGCAGCGGCAACAACAGUGGCUACAGCACCAAUGGAAGAACCACCCCCACCACCCCCAGGCGGUCAACCCUCGCCAUGACUGAAUACACAGCCAUGCCCACUCCUCCCUCUGAACGAGCCGAACGUCCAACAUACGAUGUCCCUCCAGACUUCCUCCUUCCCAGCGGGUAUCCCGACUAUCUACGGCUCAUCCUGACCUCCAGAGUCUACGACGUCGUCACCGAAUCCCCUCUCUCCCACGCAGUCAACCUCUCCAAUCGCCUCGAAUGCAAAGUCCUCCUCAAGCGUGAAGAUCUCCUGCCCGUCUUCUCCUUCAAGCUGAGAGGUGCUUAUAACAAAAUGGCCCAUUUGUCCCCCAAGGCCAGCUGGAAGGGUGUCAUUGCUUGUUCUGCGGGAAAUCACGCUCAAGGUGUCGCCUACUCCGCCAGACAUUUGAAGAUCCCAGCUACCAUUGUCAUGCCAGAGGGGACUCCGGCGAUCAAACAUACCAAUGUCUCGCGUAUGGGCGGCAGUGUUGUCCUGCAUGGUCCAGAUUUCGACUCGGCCAAGGUACAUUGCCAUACACUCGAGAAACAAUAUGGUCUGACCAAUAUCCCGCCAUUUGAUGAUCCUUAUGUCAUUGCUGGACAGGGUACUAUCGGAAUGGAAUUGUUAAGACAAACUUCGCUGCAGAAACUACAGGCCAUUUUCUGUUGUGUUGGUGGUGGUGGUUUGAUCUCUGGUAUAGGUGUCUAUGUCAAGCGGAUAGCUCCUCAUGUGAAGAUCAUUGGCGUGGAAGCUUCAGAUGCCAAUGCUUUGGUCGAAUCUCUCAAGGUCGGCAAAAGGGUGCUUCUUUCUGAGGUCGGUUUGUUUGCCGAUGGUGCUGCGGUAAAGACCGUUGGAGAGGAAACAUUCCGACUAUGUCAAGAAGUCGUCGAUGAAGUCGUUGAAGUCAGCACCGAUGAAAUUUGUGCCGCCAUCAAGGACGUUUUUGAGGACACCCGGUCUGUCCUAGAACCGGCAGGAGCACUAUCAUUGGCCGGUUUGAAGAAAUGGGUGGCUCAAAACCCAUCAGAGGACUCCACUCGAGAAUUGGUCGCGGUCGCAAGUGGUGCAAACAUGAACUUCGACAGACUACGGUUUGUCGCUGAACGAGCCAACAUCGGUGAACAGAAAGAAGCCCUCCUCGCCGUCACCAUUCCAGAACGUGCAGGUACAUUUGCAGCCUUGAUCGAAGCGGUCCUUCCCCAAGCAGUCACCGAAUUCUCCUACAGAUAUGCCAACCCAGAUUAUGCACACGUGCUGAUGGGCCUAUCCAUCUCAUCGGCCGCAAACCGGGCCAAAGAACUCAAUUCUCUCUUCACGCGCCUCGCCGCGGGAAACAUGGUCGCCAAAGACAUCUCGGACGACGAGAUCGCAAAGACCCACCUCCGCUAUCUCGCGGGCGGUCGCUCCGGCGUCGCAAACGAACGACUCUACACAUUCGAGUUCCCCGAACGGCCAGGCGCGCUGUUCAAGUUCCUGCGAACGCUGCGACACGGUCAAAGUCUCUCUCUAUUUCACUACAAAAAUUACGGGGGCGAUGUCGCCAGGAUCCUGUGUGGUGUGCAAUGUCCGGAUUCUGAAAGAGAUCAGUUGAAUGGAUUUCUGAAGGAGGUCGGAUAUCCUUUCAAGGAGUGUACGGAUAACGCGACGUACAAGAUGUUUUUGAGGGAUUGA